AUGCUAGCUAUGAAACCAUUUUCGCUGCUUUCGAAAUCAUACAAGCCGGGUGCUUCCAAUAAAAAAAUCACAACUUUAUUUUAUGUUGCAUACAUUGCUCUGGGACUGACAACACCUUUCCUUUUACCGGCGCAUGUGGCUUCCAAAGACACUCAUUACUACAAAGACGACUUUUGCUCUCAACGCUCAUACACGAGGUUUUAG